CUGGACAGGUGGUUGAAAUAUUAGCUGCUCUCAAUUUGCUUGCAAUGUGUGAUUUCCAAAGUAUAAUUUUUGGUUAAGAAUCCCGAGAUCAUCUUACUUUCAUCUGCUUUACGAUCAAGCUGAAAUUCAGUAUAAUCAUGGCAACUGCAGCAAAAUUAAGAAUGGGACAUCUGAGGAAGGAGAAUAACAAACUUGAACAAGAUAUUGCAGACAUGGAAAGCAUCCUCAAUCAUCAGAAAACCCGGCUUGCUAGUGACCCAUCCAUAAGAAGUCAAAUAAGCAAAGCCACCGGUACCUCCAAGUGGCUUUCAGGGGCCAAAGGUCAACUAUCGGGCUACCGAACGCACAAGGCUCUCCCUCAGAAUCACGAUCUCUUUGAGAAGAAUUUCAAGGACUCCACCAAGUCAAUACCACGCUCAAGAAGUGCAGGGGACGUCAACGGCAAACGAGGCAGGACUCAAAGUUACACGGGGAUCUCACACAGUAGAGAAGAGUUGGUGGUUGAUGAGACAACGUCGAAAGGGGAGGACAGAAUGAAAGUUUCUGGUAGCCGAGAGACUUUGAAGGCAGCAUCGAGGGUCAAAUCGGCACCUGUGUCACAGAAUACCUCUAGCAACAAGGGUAGGGAUGCACAUCAUCAGAGAGCCCUGUCACAUCAAGGAGGGGUAAAGGUCAACUCACUUGUGGGUCAGAGGUCAAGUAGAAGCAAUAGUAUGACACAUUCCUCAGGUAAACCCUUGGGUAGCGGAGAGAGGAAGGUUUCAUUUGAUCUGAGUGAUGAAGAAGAGUCUGUCUUAGGAUUUACAGAUGAUCCAACGCUAAUCCACAGAGAAGCCAUCAUUAGGACGUCAGCGAGGGAUAAGCCCAUUGGACACUCUGUUAAGACUCAAGACACUGGAUCUUACUCUGAGCGGAUAGCCCACCUCAAAGCCAAAGUCAUCGCUAAAGCUAGUGCUAACCUUAAACCUGACCUCUUGACGAAACUCAGCAAGGAAAAACAAGCUCAACACACAAAUACUGUUUCAAGGACGCAGUCCCCAAAUACAGAAAGGAAUAAUACAAACACAGCCAGAUCUUCUGGACGUAACUCUAGCAGAUCUUCAGAACCCAUUCGGAAUAAGAAACCUGAGGAUAGAUUACCAAAGAAUAAAGCUGUUGCUAAAGAAAGUAUGAGAAAAAGAGCGUCUCAACAAAAAGUGAUGAUUAAGAAAGACCAGCGAGGAACCACCCACGUCCAGCAUGAAGUUGUUCCUGAUAUUAACUAUGAGGUAGAGACACCUCUAGAUGCUUCAGUUGAAUUGUGGCUGUCUUCUCUUAAUCUUGAGGAUCUGAGGAAUUGUAGAAAUGCUUUCAGACGUAAUAACGUCACCAUGGAAACUCUUGUUAUUCUCAGGGAAACCGACCUUAUACAGAUGGGUAUAACGACGGAGAAAUCUAUCCAUGAGAUUACCCAAGGAGUUAAAAAAGUUAACCAAAUGCAGAAAUCUUCACCAAGAACAGUCAAUAGCAAUGAUGAAGGGACGUCUGAAAACAGUUUGUCAUAUUUCUUUUAUGAAGGUCAACAUGUAGAUGAUGGUAAGUUGGGAGAGUCUCUUGCCAUGAAGAAUAGCUCACCACCAUCUACAAGUUCCACUCCGGUAGUUUCCUCAGCAAAGUUUUCUGAUGACCCCCAUAUACAAAACCAAAACUUUACCACGCCAAAAAUAAGCAAUAAUGCCAAAAGUUCUAACAAAACAGAUUCCCAAGAGUACUCUGUCUUUGAGGAGGACCAAAGAGUUGACUCGACAGAAAACUUUGUUUCAAGUGGGGACAAUCGGGAAGAUGUCAGCGCUAAAAACUCUGGAAAUCCAAAAGAUUUCAAAGUGGUCCAAGUGAAACGCAGCAAGACCCUGUCAGCUAAUGUCGUCAAUAGGACUCUAACCUCAGGUGUCCAGUCUGCGAUGACAAAGCUUAAGCAGAAACAAGAACAAGAGCUCAGCGCCCAGAAACGUCAAGACCGACUGAGAAAGGCCAAGAAAGCGGAACGAGACAAGAUGGCCGAGCAACAUGCUAAGCGUUUAAGAGAACGAGAACAAGAGAGGCUAGAACAGAUGCACUUAGAGGAGGGGGAGGAGAAUGAGGGCGGAGAUGAAGAGUCGUCCCCCGAAGCUUCUGCAACUUUCCGUUCUCAAGAUGAAGGAAGAGAUGGCAGCUUGCCCAUGAAAAUUAGUAUACAAGGCGGUGCUCUUCUGAAUGCUAACAAGCCACGUGACCCAAAUACCACUUUGUCAUCAUCAGAUGAAAUAUCCACUGUCCAAUAUCCAAAAGGCACGCCGGAGGAAAGACUGAAAGACUUGGAAUUAAAUAUCCAAGGUGUUCAAGACAGAGAUUCUCCAACGACUUCUCCUGUUCAAGUGGAACUCCUCCAGCAACAGCUCACGUCCCUCAAGAGGGAUCUUGCAGCCGCAGCCAGGGCAACUUCAGCAUCUGCCGACCCGGUACGCACAGCCAGCAGACCACAGAGCGCCACCAAGAGUUCAGGACCUGCCAGGGGCGUAUACAGCUCGAUGUCAAAGAAUGAAUUGAUGAAGGAGGUUCGGAAACAGAAGGAGCAGCACAAGAAACAAAUCAGAUUAAUGGAAUCUGAGUUGAGUCGUCUGAAGCAUAGAGACCCAGUCAGGAAUUGUGAACUGCCUGAGGAUGAUAUACACUAUCGGGAAUCAGAUACCAUCGGGGAGGGCACCUUCUCACAUGUAUUCCAUGGUUACUUCAAUGGGUCAGAGGUCGCAAUUAAAAGACUGAAAAUCCCCCUAGCUGCAUCAGAUCACAACUAUUUCGCCGAAGAGGUGAGCUUACUGCAUGAGUUGCGGCAUCCACGUGUGGUUUUACUUCUUGGGGUGUGUACAUCCGGUCAGUUACCCCUCAUGGUUCUGGAGUUCAUGGCCGGAGGGAGUCUGUAUGCAAGAAUCCAUGAUAAGUCAAGAGAAUACCUGGACCACAUCGCAUACUACCAGAUCUCACGAGAUAUCGCUCUAGGAAUGAACUAUCUACACCGCCAUCGUCCCCAAGUCCUUCAUCUUGACAUGAAGUCUAUGAACAUUCUACUUGGUUCUCAUGGACGGGCAAAGAUAGGUGACUUUGGCUUCGCUAAACUCAGACAUGAAGCUGAGGCAGUGCAGAAAGGAAAAAUCCAAGGCACACCGGCUUGGAUGGCGCCAGAGUUGAUGGAAAAUACUUCAUCUAGUAUCACAGACAAGGUUGACGUGUACAGUUUUGGCAUAAUUCUAUGGGAGAUGCUGACAUGUGAACAACCAUUCAGUGGACUCUCUGUAUUUCAGGUCUUGGAGAAGGUUCAGCAGAAGAAACGUCCAGAGAUACCUCAGACCUGCCCUGAACCUCUGAAACAUCUCAUCAAGUCUUGCUGGGACCAUAAACCCAAUAAAAGACCUUCUUUCAAGGACAUCUUGAUAGCUCUAGAAGCUCUCUCCUUCCCACCGGAGUGGAGAUCCCUCCUCUCAGCUGCAAACAUCCCCCGCGAGGCAAUGGAAGAUCCCACAUCCGCCCGUUCCAUUAUCGCCCUGGUCAAUGGGUCGGUGCAGAUGACGCAGCGAGAGCUAGACAAACUGGCAUUGGCAACACAUGAGAGGGCAGCAGAGAUUGGCGCUGAAGGAAGAGAAAACAAAACUGAAGUACAAGCUUCGGAGAGACGAGAAUCAUUGUCUGAUUCGAGCACCGUUAGUGAUAAUGACAUAGACGAAGACAGUCUCGAAGAUUGGUCCAACCAAAAGUUUGACCAAAGACCAGAUGAUGAAAGUAAGCUUGAAUCAAGCCGCAGACUGAAAUCUCCUGAAGGGAUUGAAGACCGGCAACUUCCUACCCAUCCCAAGGACUUAAUGAGAUCGCCACGGCAACACAAAGAUGCAGUACCCAGUACCAGUAGGCAUGGAGUACCUCCUCCUCCCCCUCCCCCAGUUGAACAAUUCCUUGAGACUCUGGCUGCGUGGGAAACCAAACGAACAAAGCCUCCAAACACCUCAACGAGAAAUCCAGAACAGAAGCUAGUACCUCCGAGCAGACACAGACAAGAGAUCGGCCGCGCUAGUCUGGAGCCGAGCAUGUUCCUAGCACAAAGGAAAACAUUGAAGGCUACAGAGGCUGGGCCCCAUCCUAGCCAGUUACCUAAUCUAGUGGAUCUUGAUGAGCAUAGAAUAACCAGUAUUGCUGAAAUACUCAAAAAGGCGGUGGCUUCUCGGAGGAGUGCGUUGAGGGAGGAUGUUCAUAGCUUGGAACAUCCAAGCAGUGAGUCUCUAUGGUCUACAACCAGUGAUGCCUGUUGACAGUAGGGCUCUUCCUUUAAGGGGGAUACUCCACCUGGGCCCGAUUUCAUUAUGGCUUCUAAAAGUAUUGCAUAACAGUUUUUGAAUGCAAAGCUCAGGACUAGAAUGCCAUCUUUAAGAGGACAAGGCCUUUUUUUGUUUUUCAAAGGGCACUUCGAUCUGUUGGAAAAUGUUUAAGUCUAUGAGAAACUUUUGACCCGGGCAACAGAUGAUGUGGCCACCAUGGCCUCUUUGUAUUUCCAGGCCUGAAUGAUUUACUGGAGAUUGGUCAUGACUUGCUGAUCAUACUUAGUAGUUUGGAAGAGGUCAAAGGUAAACUUGGAAGGCGGGUAUUAAGGCCGUGUCCAAACGGCCACUUCGGCUACAGGUACAGCUAGAUCUGCCAGCGUCUGCCAGUGUUGAAGAAUAGGCAGAGGCGCAUGAUCUAGCCAUUGCUGUAGCCAAAGUCGCCGUUUCGGUAACGGCCUUAGCAUUAUUCACAAGCCUCAAAGUGUAACAUCAAAUGUUCAGGCUACCAGGAGAUCUUAUUUUGACUGCCUUUAUGUCGUUUUCUUGUAUUAGUUAAAUCCUUGUUGGGCUGUUCUUGUAAAAAUUAUGGCCGGCAAUUUGAAAAUGGGAGACCUAACAAAGUGAACCCUUUCACAAUGUUUCUUUUUAGAUCCUUCAGAAUUGAUUUAUAAACCGUUUCAUGAACAUUCCUGCAGACCUCUUAUUUUCUCAAGUUACUCUGUAGAAUCAAAACAUGACAACUGACCAAAUAUGGGAUUAGAUCAAAGUCAAAUGGUCCUCAUAUGGAUGGGAACCCAGCACCCUGGACACUCCAAAAUUUUUACCUCAAUAUAUCCGCCAUUAUAAAAUGGAAGAUCGUAAAGUCUGAUUCUUUCUAAAAUACUUCUUUUUAAUUAUGAUAUUCUCUAAAUCUUUUUAUAGAUAAUUAUCACGAGUUUAUGUCUUUAAAAUGUAUUUAAUGAAACAAAAUAUUUAUAUCGGAUCAGUAUUCACUUUCCAUGAGGAAUUAACUUUUUCUGAUGGUCCACAAACUAAAAUUCUCAUGUUGUUAAUGUUUUCAGUAGAACGAUGUGCAUAUAAAUGUGUAUAUAAGAGAAUCUUUUUAAAGGUUAAUAUAAAUAUGUAUUGA